AUGGGCGGGCUAUUACCUCUUCUGCUGCCAUCCUCGAGGACCAACCGAGCAAGUAUCACUGCUCAACCGACAGAUAUGAAGAGACCAGCCUCAGUAAUGGUGCCCCAAGAAACCUUGUUUCUCGGCCACAAACGGCAACAUUCACUGCCAUCAACCAGGUCCAUGAGACGACUUACGAUAACGACGCCAGCCUCUCCAUUAGCCAUACCCGCAACAGCUGAAGACUGGAGAAAGGCCGUCAAUGAUGUCAAGCGAAAGUAUGUCAGCCGCAAAUAUCGUACCUGCUCGGCAAGGUGCUGCGACAUCCUGGACAAUCUUGAGAAUACGUGUGAGGUGGAAACGCUCCACCUCGUGUAUCUGCACUUUUACGCCGCCUCGUCUUUUGAGAUGUGUGCACGACCGUUAUCGCAAUCCUCGGCUUACCGCACUAAACUCCUGGACGAUGCACGUGAGCACUACGAUAAGGCGUCAGCACUCAUCAACAAGGCGGAGGAGACCGCGACACAGAUGACCAGAUCAGCAUCCUCAGCGUCAUCAGCCCCGAGUCUGGGCAGCUCCAGGUCAUCAUCCGUGUGUACCACACGAUCAUCGCCACGAAACUCAUUCUCCUCAGUCGAGGAUCUGAAAGCAACAGCGCAUCCAAAGAAACCGAAGAAGAAGAAGAAGGUAUCGUUCUCCGGCCUGCCGGAAAUCGAGAUCCCUCAAACAGUCUUGCAACCUGAACCCUUUAUCCGACCUGACAGUCCCACUCUUGGCUGGGAGCGGGCUGAUUUUCUCUUUGGCCAGAGCGAAGUCACUGCGGAGGUGGUGGCUAAGCCUGUUCCCGAUCUCACAGAGAUGGUCAGCCCUAGGACAGUGGACCCAGUUCAGCAAUACAAGCCGCUGUCGCCAGUUUUGCAACCGGUACCGGAAGGACACCAGAUCGAAGACCCGUUUGACAUGGAAUCCUUCCUGCAGACCAGAUCACUGAAUCGCAUGAUCGCUCAGCUUUCCGCCCUCCGAUCGCAAGUAGCUUGGCAUCGCGACAACAUUGAUGCCCUCAUGACUGAGCCGGACGAGAUACCCGAGGUCCCAGGGACGCCCACCUUGCCUGGGGUUUCAUCGCUUCCGGGUCUUGGUUGCGGUGACUCCCCCGCCUCCUCAACGACUGACGUGGAGGAACAAAUAAGCACGCCAGCCUCCGCUCCUGCGCUUACAGCGCACGCCCUCGAGAACGCACUUAUGCAAUCCCUAAAGGACUCCUCUAGGAGCGGCUCUAAUUUUGACCCUUACCCACUGUUCAGCGGCCAUCCUGGCGCCUGGGACCGCAGCCGGAGCGGAAGCGUCGCUUCUCUGGCGUCUUCGGCCCUGCCUCCGCGCGCGGCAAGCGCGAUGAGCAUGCGCAGCGGCAGCGGGGAUGAGGCCCUGCAGAAGCGGAUCGAGCGUCUGAGGGCCAGUGGUUGGCAGCGGAAGAGAUUCGACAGCCGGAGGUAUGAAGCGCUGAGGGAACAGGUGUUGACUGAGCUCGGUGCCUAG